AUCGACCGUAUCCAUCGUAAUCCGUAACCCAUCCAACGUCUCAAACCUCUUUUCCUCUCUGAUGCGCAUGUUCAAUUAUUUUGACGUUUAUGCGUCGUGUGUUUGGCGUCUGCUUUAUUACCCAAAAUCUCAGAGGUCUGCCUCGUAAAGCGAAGGUUUGAACCCCGUAGCUUUGCUCACAAGUGAGUCAUCCCAGCACAGCAAAGCGCGGAGCCAGGAGAGCAGCCGCGACGACAGGCCAUGCAGGGAAGCUGCCCGUUUCUGCGGUGAUGUGGAAGCUGUGAGUUCGAUAUACUGAGCAACUGAGGAGUCAUUACAUUUCGUAAUGGCAAACGACGAGUGUGGUGACGACGUGUUUGAUGAGGAAGCAGACCCUCGAAGCCUCUCGGAAAACGAGUGGAACAAAAUAAGCGGCGCUUGUGUGAAGGAAGGAUUGAGGGUGGGUAUCUCAACAGGCAAAGAGAAAGCUUUGCAAGAAGGAUUUGACAGGGGCUUCCAGGAAGGAUUUCAACUUGUGAAGGAUAUCUCAGUUUGGAGAGGUUUCUUAAAGGGUGUCAGCAGCUCAGUAGCAAACAGCAGUCCGUUAACUGAACUAUGUGAACGACUGGCAUCCUUGGAACGGGACAUUAUGAAAGGAAAGAAACCUGUGGUGAAUGCUUCUGAACUCAAAUGUCAAGUAACUGAUGUGCUCAAUAGCAUGGAGCUUCACCAUCUUGUGGCUGCUAUCAAUGAGCUGUAGAAUACCCUGCCGAGGAGUCUUUACAAAUGGUCGCAUGUCAUUCAGCAACACACUAACCAUUCCUCAAAUGCGGUAACAGUGUCAAAACAUCAGAAAAUAAAAUUACUUUUAAAUAUGCA